AUGAAGUGUGCUGGCGAGGAGAACUGCGUGGACAGCCGGACCAUCUACGUGGGGCACAGGGAGCCCCCCCCAGGUGCUGAGGCCUACAUCCCGCAGAGACACCCCGACAACAGAAUCGUCUCCUCCAAGUACACGUUUUGGAACUUCAUACCCAAGAACUUAUUUGAACAAUUCAGGAGAAUAGCCAACUUUUACUUUCUUAUCAUAUUUCUGGUACAGUUGAUUAUUGACACCCCCACGAGCCCAGUGACGAGCGGGCUCCCACUGUUCUUUGUCAUCACAGUCACGGCCAUCAAACAGGGCUAUGAGGACUGGCUUCGCCAUAAGGCGGACAACGCCAUGAACCAGUGCCCGGUGCACUUCAUCCAGCAUGGCAAACUGGUCCGGAAGCAGAGCCGGAAGCUGAGGGUGGGGGACAUCGUCAUGGUCAAGGAGGACGAGACCUUCCCCUGUGACUUGAUCUUCCUCUCCAGCAGCCGUGGAGACGGGACCUGCCACGUGACGACCGCCAGCUUAGACGGGGAAUCCAGUCACAAAACUCACUAUGCCGUUCAGGACACUAAGGGGUUUCAUACUGAAGAAGAUAUUGACGGCUUGCACGCCACCAUUGAGUGUGAGCAGCCCCAGCCCGACCUGUACAAGUUUGUCGGCCGCAUCAACGUCUACAGCGAUCGGAACGACCCCGUGGUGAGGCCGCUGGGGUCAGAGAACCUGCUUCUCAGAGGAGCGACGCUUAAGAACACUGAGAAGAUCUUCGGUGUUGCUAUCUACACGGGCAUGGAAACCAAGAUGGCAUUAAAUUACCAAUCAAAAUCCCAGAAGCGAUCUGCUGUAGAAAAAUCCAUGAAUGUGUUCCUCAUUGUGUACCUCUGCAUUCUGGUCAGUAAAGCACUGAUAAACACCGUCCUCAAGUACGUGUGGCAGAGCGAACCGUUCCGAGAUGAGCCGUGGUACAAUCACAAAACCGAAUCGGAAAGACAGAGGAACCUGUUCCUCAGGGCAUUCACGGACUUCCUGGCGUUCAUGGUUCUCUUCAACUACAUCAUCCCGGUGUCCAUGUACGUCACGGUGGAAAUGCAGAAGUUCCUGGGCUCGUACUUCAUCACCUGGGAUGAAGACAUGUUUGAUGAGGACACAGGCGAAGGGCCUCUGGUCAACACCUCAGACCUGAACGAAGAAUUAGGACAGGUGGAGUACGUCUUCACGGACAAGACCGGCACGCUCACAGAGAACAACAUGGAGUUCAAGGAGUGCUGCAUCGAGGGCCACGUGUACGUACCGCACGCCGUCUGCAACGGGCAGGUGCUCCCCGAUGCCUCCGGCAUCGACAUGAUCGACUCCUCCCCGGGCGCCGGCGCCAGGGAGCGAGAAGAGCUGUUUUUCCGGGCCCUGUGCCUGUGCCACACAAUCCAGGUGAAGGAUGACGAUGACGUGGAUGGACCCAGGAAGUCACCAGACUCGGGGAAGUCCUGUGUGUACAUCUCGUCCUCUCCCGAUGAGGUGGCCCUAGUCGAAGGUAUCCAGAGACUCGGCUUCACGUACCUGCGGCUAAAGGAGAACUACAUGGAGAUACUGAACAGGGAGAACGGCGUGGAGAGGUUUGAAUUGCUGGAAAUCUUGAGUUUUGACUCCGUAAGAAGGAGAAUGAGUGUGAUUGUCAGAUCUGCUACAGGAGAAAUCUAUCUGUUUUGCAAAGGAGCAGACUCUUCAAUAUUUCCCCGUGUGAUAGAAGGCAAAGUUGACCAGAUCCGUUCCAGAGUGGAGCGCAACGCGGUGGAGGGACUUCGAACUCUGUGCGUUGCCUACAAAAGGCUGAUCCCCGAAGAAUAUGAAGGUGUUUGCACACUGCUGCAGGCCGCGAAGGUGGCCCUUCAGGAUCGUGAAAAGAAGUUGGCGGAGGCCUACGAGCAAAUAGAGAAAGACCUCAUUCUGCUUGGUGCCACGGCUGUUGAGGACAGGCUCCAGGAGAAAGCCGCCGAUACCAUCGAGGCUCUGCAGAAGGCGGGGAUCAAAGUCUGGGUCCUCACUGGGGACAAGAUGGAGACGGCGGCCGCCACCUGCUACGCCUGCAAACUGUUCAGGAGGAACACACAGCUGCUCGAGCUCACCACCAAGAAGAUAGAGGAGCAGAGUCUGCACGACGUCCUGUUUGAGCUGAGCAAGACCGUCCUGCGCCACAGUGGGAGCUUAACCAGGGACAACUUCUCAGGACUCUCGGCGGACAUGCAGGACCACGGUCUCAUCAUUGAUGGAGCCGCGCUGUCUCUGAUCAUGAAGCCCAGGGAGGACGGGAGCUGUGGGAACUACCGGGAGCUCUUCCUUGAGAUCUGCCGGAACUGCAGUGCUGUGCUCUGCUGUCGCAUGGCGCCCCUGCAGAAGGCCCAGAUUGUUAAAUUAAUCAAACUUUCAAAAGAGCACCCUAUCACUUUAGCCAUCGGAGACGGUGCCAAUGACGUCAGCAUGAUCCUGGAGGCCCAUGUGGGCAUAGGUGUCAUUGGGAAGGAAGGCCGCCAGGCCGCAAGGAACAGUGACUACGCCAUUCCGAAGUUUAAGCACUUGAAGAAGAUGCUGCUUGUUCACGGGCAUUUAUAUUACAUCAGGAUAUCUGAGCUCGUGCAAUACUUCUUCUACAAGAACGUCUGCUUCAUUUUCCCUCAGUUUUUAUACCAGUUCUUCUGUGGGUUUUCACAACAGACGUUGUAUGACACUGCCUACCUGACCCUGUACAACAUCAGCUUUACGUCCCUCCCGAUUCUCCUGUAUAGCCUGAUGGAGCAGCAUGUCAGCAUAGACACACUUAGGAGGGACCCUUCCCUGUACAGAGAUAUCGCCAAGAAUGCACUCCUUCGCUGGCGCGUGUUCAUUUAUUGGACGUUCCUGGGAGUGUUUGAUGCCCUGGUGUUUUUCUUUGGUGCUUACUUCAUGUUUGAAAACACAACGGUGACCAGCAACGGGCAGAUAUUUGGAAACUGGACCUUCGGGACACUGGUGUUCACUGUGAUGGUAUUUACGGUCACACUAAAGCUGGCACUAGAUACGCACUACUGGACUUGGAUAAACCACUUUGUCAUCUGGGGGUCACUGCUGUUCUACGUUGUCUUCUCCCUCCUCUGGGGAGGGAUUAUCUGGCCCUUCCUCAGUUAUCAAAGGAUGUACUUUGUGUUCAUCCAGAUGUUGUCCAGCGGCCCUGCCUGGCUGGUCAUCAUCCUGCUCAUCACUGUCAGCCUCCUUCCCGACGUUCUCAAGAAAGUCCUGUGCAGGCAGCUGUGGCCCAGCGCCACAGAGAAAGUCCAGACUGAGAAUCAGUGCCUUUCUGUCGAGCAGUCCACCGUCUUUAUGCUCUCUCAGACCUCCAGCAGUCUGAGUUUCUAA